AUGAAAGGUGCUUGGUUUUCCUGGAUAGCAGGAUUAUUCCUAUUUUACAACGUGUCUUUGGCUGCACAAUAUGUACCACCUGCAACUUGGGAAAACGUUGAUUACAAGAGAACGGUAGAUGUAUCAAAUGCUUACAUUUCUGAGACAAUUGAAAUAACCGUCAAAAAUAUAGCUAAUGAACCGGCAACUGAGUACUUUGCUGUUUUUGAAAGUGAUAUUUUCAAUAAGAUUUCCUUUUUCUCUGCUUAUUUGAGCGACAAGGCCUUUUUCUUGAAUAGUCAGCUGUUUGUCAAUUCUACUACGGAAAACAGCGACGAAGAGAGUAAUGAUACUAGAUACGGGAUUAUUGAAUUUCCAAACGCGAUUCCUCCUCAGGAGGAAAUUUCCUUUGUGAUCAAGAAUUUUUACAAUACCGUUGGUGUUCCUUAUCCCGAGCAUAUUGGAAUGUCGGAAGAACAGCAUUUACUAUGGGAAACAAACAGAUUGCCACUUUCUGCGUAUAAUACCAAGAAGGGUUCUUUAAAAAUUAUCGGUAGUUCUUCGUUCGAAGAAUUCCGUCCUCCAAAUGACGAGAGUUUAAUAGGGAAAACUACCGGCAAGGUUUUCGAGUUUGGACCUUGGGAAAAUAUUCCCAAACUCUCUAACAAAGAAAGGUUGGCGGUCGUUUAUUCUCAUAACGCACCAUUAAAUGAAGUCACUAAUUUGAAAAGAGAUGUUUGGCUUUCCCACUGGGCUUCUACCAUCCAAUUUGAAGAAUACUACGAAUUAACUAACAAAGCUGCAAAGUUAACUAAAGGAUUUUCAAGAUUGGAAUUGAUGAAGCAAAUCCAAAAUCAAAACAUCAGAGAAACUCACUUUGUUACCGUCUUAGACAUGUUACUACCUAAUGAUGCUACUGAUCAUUAUUUUACUGAUUUGGUUGGGCUUGUUUCCACCUCACAUGCAGAACGUGACCAUUUUUUUAUAAGACCAAGAUUCCCCUUGUUUGGAGGCUGGAACUAUAAUUUCACAGUUGGCUGGACUAACCCAUUGUCCGAUUUCUUACAUAUAUCUGCUGACUCAAGUGAGAAAUAUGUUGCUUCUAUCCCAUUGCUCAAUGGCCCAUUGGACACUGUAUAUGACAAUGUUGAAUUAUCAAUAUUUCUUCCAGAAGGUGCAAAAAUUGUCGAUAUCGAUUCUCCUGUCCCCUUUACAAAGGUUUCUGUAGAAACGCAAAAAUCAUAUUUUGACCUAAAUAAGGGCCAUGUUAAGCUGACUUUCCAAUACAGGAAUUUGAUUACGCAAGUUGCCAACGGUCAAGUUUUGAUUAAAUAUGAUUACUCAAAGAAUUCGUUUUUCAAAAAGCCUCUAUCCAUUGCUUGCUACAUUUUUGCGGCAUUGAUGGGGUUCUUCUUUUUAAAAACGUUGAAUCUAAGUUUAACAAACUAA